UUGAUUUGGCGGUUUGGUAUUAGUACAAAUCUCCAGAAUGUCGUGAGAUGUUGUUCACUGCAUUCCAUUUUGCUCUUCAUUCAACUUGCUGCCGGUUUUGCUAAAAAAAAAAAAUUCUUCACUCUCAUUUACUUCAAAUUUACAAUUCCUCUCAUUCAACUAAGCUAAUCAACUACAUUCCCAUCUUCUCCUUGUGUACUAGUUCAUUUUCAUCCUCAUUUAAGCGAUCAUGGCGAUGCCGGGCCCAGUUGAUCCAUCAGUGCUUACGCUUCAGGCGACACACAGGAGCGUAGCUGCGUGGGAGGGCUCCACUGCCCAAUUGGUUACUCGUCAGCACUACCAGGCGAGUACGUUACGGUGGGAGGUGGAUGACAGGGUAUUAGACGUAGUCGAGCUAGCUGGUUUCAGAUACAUUCACCGGUUGUUGGGCGGGGGCUUAGAGCUCGAUCGAGCUCUUAUCACUGCAUUGGUGGAGAGGUGGAGGCCGGAGACACAUACCUUCCACCUCACAGUUGGCGAGGCAACGAUCACGUUGCAAGAUGUGGCAGUUAUCAUGGGACUGCCGGUUGAAGGACAAGCAGUCAUUGGCCAUGGGGAGGGAAAUUGGCCAGCAUUAGUACAUGAGCUGCUAGGGGUUUGGCCGGAAAACCCUCAAGACCCCACCCAGCCGAAGAUCAUCGUUGGAUCGUCAUUGAAGCUGACUUGGCUUCGACAGCAUUUUAGCGCGUUUGAGGAUGAUGCAGAUGAUGUGACGGUUGACAGACAUGCCCGAGCUUACAUUUUACUUAACAAAUGUCCUAAAUCCGUUUGUCCUAAACUAGAUGCUAAUUUGCGUUCUUUAGCAUUUCAAGCUGUUUUUAAGCUUGUUUCUUGUAAAUUCAAUCAGAAAGAUACACUCUUGGAUUAUUUUAACACUGCUAAAAAGUUGGGUGUUCCUUUAAAUGAUUGA